AUGUUGUUCCCUACAGCACGCUUGGCUAUGAAUGCUUCUUCUUGCACUAGAGCUUUGGCUCGUUCUACAUACCUCCAGACUGUGUCUCAAAGAUUCAAGUCUGAUGGAGUUAGAGGUGCCGUCAUUGGAAUCGAUCUUGGAACAACCAAUUCUUGUGUCGCCGUCAUGGAAGGAAAGAACCCUAAGGUUAUUGAAAAUGCUGAGGGAGUCAGAACCACUCCAUCCACAGUUGCUUUCACUAAGGAGGGAGAACGUUUGGUUGGAGCUCCAGCUAAGAGACAAGCUGUUACCAACUCCCAGAACACUCUUUAUGCCAUCAAACGUCUCAUCGGAAGACGAUUUGAUGAUGCUGAGGUUCAGAAGGACUUGAAAGUCGUACCCUUCAAGAUCACCAAGGCCAGCAACGGUGAUGCUUGGGUUGAAGCCCAAGGCAAAGUUUAUUCUCCUUCUCAGGUCGGAGCCUUCGUUCUCAUGAAAAUGAAAGAAACUGCUGAAAGCUAUUUGGGAACCGCUGUGCACAAUGCCGUAGUUACUGUUCCAGCUUAUUUCAAUGACUCCCAGAGACAAGCCACCAAAGACGCUGGUCAAAUCGCUGGUCUCAAUGUUCUCCGUGUUAUCAAUGAACCUACUGCUGCUGCUCUUGCCUACGGUUUAGACAAAUCUGAAGAUAAGAUUAUUGCCGUUUAUGAUCUUGGUGGCGGUACCUUCGAUGUCUCUAUUCUCGAAAUCCAAAAAGGAGUUUUCGAAGUCAAAUCUACCAAUGGUGACACCUUCCUCGGAGGAGAAGAUUUCGAUAACACUCUCGUUCACUUCCUUGUUGGAGAGUUCAAGAAGGAGCAAGGAAUUGAUCUCACCAAGGAUCCCAUGGCCAUGCAAAGACUCCGUGAGGCCGCCGAGAAGGCCAAAUGUGAACUUUCCUCCACCACCCAAACUGACAUCAAUCUGCCUUAUCUUACUAUGGAUGCUUCCGGACCAAAACACAUGACUCUCAAGUUCACAAGAGCAAAGUUCGAACAACUUGUUGGUGAUCUCGUUAAGAGAACCAUUGAGCCAUGCCGUAAAGCUAUGCAUGAUGCUGAGGUGAAGCCUUCUGAGAUCGGUGAUGUCAUUCUUGUCGGAGGAAUGUCUAGAAUGCCUAAAGUUCAACAAACUGUCCAAGAUGUUUUCGGAAAAACUCCAUCGAAAGCUGUUAACCCCGAUGAAGCUGUAGCUAUGGGAGCUGCUAUUCAAGGAGCUGUUUUGGCUGGAGAUGUUACCGAUGUUCUUCUUCUUGAUGUCACUCCAUUGUCUCUCGGUAUUGAGACUCUCGGUGGAGUCAUGACCAAACUUAUCACGAGAAAUACUACCAUUCCAACCAAGAAAAGUCAAGUUUUCUCUACCGCUGCUGAUGGUCAAACCCAAGUUCAAAUCAAAGUGUUCCAAGGAGAACGUGAAAUGGCUAACGAUAAUAAGAUUCUUGGACAAUUCUCACUUGUUGGAAUCCCACCUGCCCCCCGUGGAGUGCCCCAAGUUGAAGUAACUUUCGAUAUUGACGCUAACGGAAUCGUAAACGUUUCCGCUCGUGACCGUGGAACCGGAAAGGAACAACAAAUUGUCAUCCAAUCUUCUGGAGGACUCUCUAAAGAACAGAUCGAGAACAUGAUCCGUGAAGCUGAGAAGAACGCUGCUGAAGAUGCCAAGAAGAAGGAGCUUGUCGAAGUUCUCAACCAAGCUGAAGGCAUCAUUCACGAUACCGAAAGCAAGAUGACUGAAUUUGCCGAUCAAUUGCCCAAGGAAGAGUCUGAUGCUCUCAAGACUAAGAUCGAAGAGACCAAGAAGGUUCUUGCUAACAAGGAUAACGAACAACCAGAAACCAUCAAGGAAGCCGUUUCUUCUCUCCAACAACAAUCUUUGAAAUUAUUCGAGGCCGCAUACAAGAAGAUGGCCGAGAAGAACUCCGGUGGAAACUCUGAUGCUCAAGAAGCCAAGACUGCUGAUGAACCAAAGAAGGAGCAGAACUAA